AUGCUGAUGAUCCCGGCCCGAUUGGGUCGCUCAGAAAGCUUCUGGGCGGUCGCUAAGGGCAUCGGCGACGGCGAUCUCAGGCGAAUACCUCUGCUGCGAGCGCUCAUCUCCACCACGUCGGGCGCUAGAGGGUGGUUCGUGACGCUGCUCACCGACCCCGCGUACGACGCCGUCUUCUGCCCGCCCCUCGACCCGCAGCUCCUCUCUGCCAUCGAGGCGUCGCCCGACCCGAAUCUGAAGCUGCUGACGAUGAAUGUGGCGAUGUCGACCGCGACCGAGCAGGUCCACAUCGACAACGGGAGCGACGAGCUGGCGGCGGCGUCUCGCCUCACUCGCGACCGCAGCAGGGCGCUGCUGGAGGCGCUGCUCCCUCGCAUGGGCGGCCUCGACGCCGAGGUGAGGCGGCUGCGCACGGCGUGCGAGCCGUGGGCAGCGGACGACCAGCCAGCCGCGGGCGCCGACGAGGAGUGGGUCAAGUUCACCAAAAAGUGGCGGUACGGAGCUGAGCAGCGCCGCGCGAUCAAGGCCGAGCUCGAUGCCCUCCUCGAGGCUUAGCGGCUCCCGCCCCUCGAGCGUGCGCGCGAGCAGGCCGAGGUCGAGGCUGAGGAUCUGUAGUUCUAGUUUUGACACAACUCACGUGUUCAACACGAGUCCGCACCGACUUGUCUCUUGUGUAUGUGUUUUUUGUGUACCUGACCUACCUGUACGCACCGUGAACUAGACUUGUGUAUGCCGACAUGAUGACACAUGACAGACAUAUCAUAGGAUUACCUCU